AUGAUUGUUAAAACAUUUGAAUUCCCUUCAAGUAAAGGUCAUGAUAGCAAAUCUGUAGAACUUCUGGAUCCACUAUCAAAUCCUGUACAUGGAACAUUUUGGAUACAAUCAUUAUCAGAUAAAACUUCAAUUGGUUCUAUUCGUACAAAAAAAACACAUAAAUUUGUUGAUAAAGAAUGUUGGACUGUAGAAGAUUUACUUGAAGCUAAUGUCGGACAAGAUGUUCAAUUACUUGUAACAGACAAUACAUCUAACAGUACGGCAGAAUGGAUAUCUGGCAAAAUUAAAUCUGUAAAAUGCAUGCAGCGUGUAUCCGAUGAUGACGAUACAAACGAUGACAAUAUUGAAGGAACAAGUACUGGAGUCAGUCCAAAUUUUCCUCCAUCAGUACACGCUGCUUCUUUAUCAUCUAUUCAACCAACAGGUUCUACUCGGUUGCCACAUGUUCAAUUAGGCAAUUUAGUUUUAGGUACAUCACUUAAGACAACAUAUCAACGUAAAGUCUUCAAAAAUUGUCUAUCAAUUGAAUAUAAAAAUGAAUCAGAAUCUAGUGAUACAGGUCUAAUGAAAUAUCUUACAUUUGGUAUUACAUGGGCACCUUCAUACAAUUUAGUACUUUUAUCAUCAGAAGAUCCUUCUAUAAAAAGACUUUGUCUUUCAUCAAAAGCUGUUAUUUUAAAUGAUAUUGAAAAUAUGAAUGUUGAUAACUUAUUUUGUAUUGUUGGAUUUUCAAAUGUAUCAAAAUUUGCUUCAGUUAUUGAUCCUAUAAUUAGUGGAGAAGAUGUCAAAGCAUUUCUUGAUGGAUUAAAACAAUGUGAAGUCGAAAGCACAAGGUCUCGUUAUUAUAAUCCUGCAAGUUUCACAUCAAAUUCUAUUAUGAUGCAACAAACGGUUAGCGCAAUGCCGUCACAUGAGAAUAAUGAUCCUAGUGAUAGUCAACCAGAUACGGGUGUUGAUGAUCUUCAUUUAUAUGAAUUUAAAAAUGUUUUAUUACAAAAGAAAGAACGUCUUAUGUUACCAAUCUUCGACAUUGAAAUACCUUAUAAGGAUGUUUAUCAUUGUAAAAUUGAUACAUCACAAUCGGAAUAUACAUAUUACGAACAUGGCGAGAAAAAAGAUUUCGAAGAGGUAUGGCAUAGUGUUGAAUUUGAAAAUAUAUCAAAUUUUAUUUGGACAACAGCACCAAUUGUUAUAACGAAAGGUCAAUUAGAACAACAAUUUAUUGGUCAAGAUAAAUUAACAUAUACAUUAAAAGAAUCAACAACUUUUGUUAAUUUAACUCAAGCUCUUGAUGUUCGAGUACAUUUAGAUGAAAAAGUAUUGAGUACAAAUCCAACACAUUUUACUCUUUUUCGUGUUCAUUAUCAAACAGAUCAAAUUGAGGGAAAAAUAUUAAUAAGAAAUCAUAAAUCGGAAGAAGUUGUUGUUGUUAUUACUGCAAUACUAGUGGGAAAAAUGGGUAAUUAUUCAAUAGCACCAAAAAAAGAUGCAGUUAAAGCUGAUAACAAAGGAGCUAAUCCACGACAUGAAAUACAAUGGGAAAUUAAUGUUAAACCGAAACAAACACUCGAAAUUAAAUAUGUUAGAUCAUAUAAUAAAAGAGUAUAA